CAGGACACAAUUGCGGUGAAAAAGAGAAACUCACAACACUACCACACUGAUGGAAGACUUGUGCAUACAAAAUGUCAACCUGGAACGAUCUGAAAACAUGGCGAGACACAGGACAGAGGACUUCAGCGAUUCCAAAGCCCUGGUGGUGCGAAGAGGAGCCCCAUUCAGAGUCACUCUGCAACUGGGGCGGCGACCAUUCAACCCCAAAACCGACUCUCUGAGGAUCAAAGUCAUGCUAGGUCGCCUGUAUGUGGUUAUGCCAGUCACUUUCUCCAAGAGGGGUUCCACCCAUUGGAAAGCCUAUAUUGACCCAGAGGCCCUGAACCUCCAGAACCCCUCCAUAUUCAUCCACACUCCUGCCUCCGCCUCAGUGGGCUGCUACAGAUUUCAACUGUGUGUGUUCACUCAGAGUGGUCAGAAGACCUAUGAUUUUGGCAAAUUCAUCCUACUCUGCAAUCCCUGGUGUCGUGAGGACACAGUGCACAUUCCCUUUGAGGACCAGAGAGAGGAAUACAUCCAGAACGAUUCUGGGUUGCUGUUUAUGGGGACAGCGAUGAACCUUGUUUCAAGACCAUGGUCUUUUGAUCAGUAUGAGCCAGGUGUUCUGGACUCAUGCCUGAAUCUACUCCAAGUCAGCCCCCAGCACAAGAAGAACCGAAGACUAGAUUACCUGAAACGAAGCGACCCUGUCUACAUCAGCCGGAUCGUGUCUGCCAUGAUCAACAGUGAAGAUGACCGUGGAGUGUUGAAAGGAAACUGGUCGGGUGACUUCAAAGAAGGGGUUAAUCCCUCCUUGUGGACUGGGAGUGGGGAAAUCUUGAGGCAGUGGGCUAAGUCUGGUUACAGACCAGUCAAGUAUGGACAGUGCUGGGUGUUUGCAGCUGUCAUGUGCACAGUCAUGAGAGUUCUUGGCAUUCCUUGCCGCGUCGUCACAAACUUCAACUCUGCUCACGACACCAACGGCAAUCUGGUGAUUGAGGAGUACUACACUGAAACAGGACAGAAGCUGAACCACAGCAAAGACAGCAUAUGGAACUUCCAUGUCUGGGUGGAAUGCUGGAUGACUCGCCAUGAUCUGGGAUCUGAAAUGGAUGGUUGGCAGGUUCUGGAUCCGACUCCCCAGGAGAGAAGUAAAGGAGUGUUCUGCUGUGGCCCAGCCCCAGUAAAAGCAAUCAAGGAUCGGCGCAUUGACCUGUUUUAUGACAUCCCCUUUGUCUAUGCUGAGGUGAAUGCCGACGUCCACACAAUCGUAGUGAGUGAAGGUCGGGUGGUCAGCCAUGGCAGAGACACAGAAAAAGUUGGAUCUCUCAUCUGCACCAAAGCUAUUUGCUUCCCGAGACUACUGAACAUCACCGGAGACUACAAAAACACCAAAAGCCCGACUUCAUCAAGAAGUUCCAUAAUGUCAGAGGACUCAACAUCGAGCAGAGCAGAUUCAUCCACGGGGGUGAUGGUCUUCUUGAUUUUGGACAAAGCUCCUGUUGCUGGGGAGCCUGUCCGUUUCACGGUGAAAGUCAUCAACAAGCACAGAGUUGCCAAGAUGAUGAAGAUACAUCUCAAUGCCCAGACUAAAGAGUACAACCACAGCCCCUUGGAUACCUUCUGGGAAACACACGGUGCCCUACAACUGGCACCCAGUGAAGCCAAGGUUAUUCAUCAGCAGAUUCUCCCAGAGCAGUAUGAAGACGUUGUGGGAGACAACCUGAUAAAUCUUGCAGUGGUCCUGGAGGACAUGGCCAGUCAUGAGCGGGUCCUGGCCUCAGAGGAGUUCAAUAUUGCCAGCCCACAACUCACCAUAGAGAUUGCAAACGGAAACUCCAUCGUGCCUAACAAAAAGCAGACUGCCACAGUGACCUUCACUAACCCGUACUCACACACAGUGAGCGGAGUACUGACUGUAGCUGGAGCCGGGCUGAUCCAAGGCAAGCUUCAUUUCAGGAUGCUCCAACUGUGUCCAGGAGGAACAGUGCAGCAAACCAUCAUUUUCACCCCCAGCAUGGUGGGAACAAAGAUGCUGCAGGCCAACCUGUCGCUCACAAACGUCAACUCCACAGUCAGAGGCUUCAAGAUGGUGUCUGUCAGCAGAGCUUAGAUCCUGUUCUAAAGGGGGAGCACCAUACUUACAUUUCUGAUGUCAGCAUUGUUUCCUUACUUUAAACACAAUAAGUAGACAUAUGCAGACAACGACAACUAAAGCCAGAGCGUGGCAACCAGGUGGCAGAGGAAACAUUAAGAUUAAUGCCACCUAAACCAUAUGUCUUUCUAUUGCUGAGUAUGAUAUAAAUGUGAACGUAAAUUAUUUUUAUUUAUUUUGGUAUUAAUGUUUGAGCCAUGACACUUAAUAUUGCUACUUGAAAAUCUGCAUUUUCACUUGAAAUUGACCAUAAUGUAUUACUCUGCUUUUUUGCUUUGUUCGAAAACUAAGAACAAAAUGUAUUUAAAUCUACUGUACGUCACAUUUUGUGCUCGUCUGUGUCAUUGCAGUUCUUCUUCUUCCCUUUAGAGGGAGACGUUUCCUCAAAAAUU